AUGUUGGAUUCUCCGAUCAUCUUCAACUGCGUCAUGACAAUAUCCGCCUCGCAUCUUUCUCAAUUGGACAGUAGUGGAACAGCACCAAUUGUUUUCCAAACAGAGGCCAUUUCACAUAUAUCUAAAGACAUUGCUGAGAUAGAUACUGGGUCCAGUGUAUGCAUUCAAUACAACGAGAAGGAGUUCAGAGACCAUAUUCAGGUUCUCAAUACACCCACUGUCAAAGAUGAACUUCUAAUCGGGAUUAUUCUUCUUGGCAUGACAUCUAGCUGGUAUGACCCUUCUUCUUUGGGUCUUUUCCAUUUUCAUGGUGCACGUCGACUUUUCACUAUCUGGAUGACUGAAAAGGACUUGACCCAAUUGCAACUUCCCUCUUCAUGCACUCAACGCCUGAUUGUUUCAUCAAUGGUGUACUGGGAGGUCAUGGCAGCCUGCUUGGUUGAUCAGGGCUUAGAGGACCUCGCGUAUCUCGACGUCUUCCGCACCCAACCUCGCGUAUUCUUCUCGUACCCAUGUCCUUGGACAGGAGUCGGUAUGGAGGUUCUCAUACUUCUUGCCAAAUGCGUGGCCCUUGUGCGGAAUGUUCGAAGUGCACAUCGUACGGUUUGCGUUGUCGGCUCGCUCAGUAAGGACUUCGCAAUAAUUAACCAGGCAUCUAUACUUAUUCGGGAGAUCAAUGAUAUCCAGAUUACAAGCAUUGCUGAGAUACAAGAGACGGGAGAUCUAUCUACUCCUGCAGAUCAUCUCUACAAGAUGGCCCAAUGCCAUCGACUUGUCGCUCUACUCGAGCUUCACAGGACAAUUCCUGAACUAAUAUAUGGAGAUAUCCAAGAUGAACAUGACCAUCAGCAUCAACACUCCCAACAGGUUUUGGCCUUGGCCAUCGAGGUCCUAGAAAUCAGCGGGAAGAUACCUCAAGAGUCUCAUACAAUUGCGAUUCAAACACUCAUGCUCUUGUCAGUUGGCAGCACCCUUAGCUUUUACUCAACAACGGACCCGGAGACCAUACUAAUGUGGAGGAAUUUUGUGAUGGGAAGACUCUGCAAGUUGUUUCACACAUUCAAACUUCAGACAAUAAAUCGAGCAGCAACUAUUCUCAAGGAAGUCUGGUCGCAAAUGGACUCAAUGGUAGUUGAGUCUGCAAGCUGCUGCAGUCCUAUUAUGCAUAUCCAUUGGGUGGAUGUUAUGGUUGACAAGAAACUGGAUACAAUUCUCGGAUGA